AUGGAUAUCUACUCUCGAUUGGCCAAGGACAGGAUUUUGCUUCUGGGUACCGACGUGAAUGACGAGGUCGCCAACAAUCUCGUAGCCCAGAUGUUGUUUUUGGCAAACGAGGAUCCUGGCAAGGACAUCACCAUGUACAUCAACUCUCCGGGAGGAUCUGUCUCCGCUGGCAUGGCUAUCUAUGAUACCAUGCAGUACAUCCCUUGCGAUGCCUCCACCGUCUGCUUCGGUACUGCCGCAUCUAUGGGUGCCUUCUUGCUCUGCUCGGGAGCUCCUGGAAAGAGGAAGUCGCUGCCUAACGCUCGUAUUAUGAUCCAUCAGCCCCUUGGAGGAGCUCAGGGACAGGCUGCAGACAUUGAGAUCCAAGCCAAGGAGAUUCUCUUCGUCAAGUCCCUGCUCAACAGCUACAUGGCCGACGCUACUGGUCAGCCGCUCGACAAGAUUGAAGAAGACACCGAUCGCGACUUCUUCAUGACCCCCGAGGAGGCGAGGGAGUACGGAAUCAUCGAUGAGGUUAUCCAGACGAAGAAGUCAAACCUCCCCAAGCCCAGCCGUCCUAUCCUCGUUUAA